GACGUCGACGGUGGUGUUGUUGACAUUGCAGCAGAUCUACAAGCUUUCGACAGUUAUGUGGCAAUAUUGUCAACACAUUUUAGUACUUGUUUUCAGUCGGACACUUAACUGUCAGAUGCACUUUAUUUGAUUUGUGGCGCUUGUUGCUGUCAAUAUGACUCGUGAUCUCAUUCUUGGAGAUGAACUGCCCGACUGGGUGGGAGCAAAAGAAUUUUAUCAGAAAUACGAUCCCAAAGAAGUCAUUGGCAGAGGUGUGAGCAGUGUGGUGCGCAGAUGUGUACACAAACACACAGGACAAGAGUAUGCGGUUAAAAUCAUUGAGAUCACAGAAGAGAAAAUGACAGAGCAGCAACUGGAAGAAGUGAAGAGCUCCACACUAAAAGAGAUCCACGUGCUCAACCUAGUGAAGGGUCACCCGUCCAUCAUCACACUUAUUGAUUCCUAUGAGACAACUACCUUCAUAUUUUUGGUCUUUGACCUCAUGAGAAGAGGAGAACUCUUUGACUACUUAACUGAAAAAGUCACUCUCAGCGAGAAAGAGACAAGGAGUAUGAUGCGUGCUCUUCUGGAGGCAGUCCAGUAUCUGCAUUCUCUAAAUAUUGUACAUCGAGACCUCAAACCUGAAAAUGUUCUGCUAGAUGACCAGGGACACAUUAAAUUGUCUGACUUUGGUUUUUCGGUCCAACUGCAGCCUAAUGAAAAACUAAGAGAGUUAUGUGGAACUCCAGGCUAUCUGGCACCAGAGAUUCUGAAAUGCUCCAUGGAUGAGACACAUGAGGGGUAUGGAAAAGAGGUUGACCUGUGGGCAUGUGGUGUCAUCCUGUUCACACUUCUGGCUGGAUCUCCACCUUUCUGGCAUCGUAAACAGCUGCUCAUGCUGAGAAUGAUCAUGGAAGGCCGGUACCAGUUUAGUUCUCCGGAGUGGGACGACAGGUCGGACACUGUCAAAGACUUGAUCUCAAGGCUUUUAGUGGUUGAACCCACAUUUCGCCUCACGGCCGAGCAAGCUUUGGCUCAUCCUUUCUUCUGUCAGUACCAAAAGGAAGAAGUGCGGCUCUUUAGUCCCAGAAAGACGUUUAGAGUCUUGAUCAUGACUGUUUUGGCCUGUAUACGAAUGCAGUGCCGCUACAAUCGAGCCAGACCGCUAACAAAGGAGCUUCUGGCAAGAGACCCGUAUUCCCUGCGUGGUGUGCGGAAGCUUAUCGAUGGCUGUGCUUUCCGCAUAUAUGGACACUGGGUGAAGAAAGGAGAGCAACAGAACCGAGCUGCUCUGUUCCAGAACACAGCUAAAAUCGUUCUGCUGGGCCUUGAAGACCUUGAAAGCUAAAGGUCAUUUCUUAGGUUUCUAGAAAUAUAUUUAGUUUAUCCAUGGUCAGUUUUAUUGGUUUUCUUUUUUUUUUAAUAGAUUAUAUAGGCCGUCCAAAGGCACUUAAAACUAAACACUAUUUACAAAUUAUUUAUAGACUUAUAUUUUGUCAUUAAAUUACGUCACUGAAUUUACAUGUCAUUCAAAACCUUCAUGCCAUAUGAUUUUCUUUCUUCCAAGAAACACCAAAAAAAAGAAGGUUAUCAGAAUGAGCUGCUUUCUUUAUACAGUGAAAGUGGAUAAGGACCAUGAGCUGUCAAGCACCAAAAACGAAAAAAGCCCCAUACAAACAUUGUGUUCCAUUCAACUAUUACCAUUCCAGGUUAUAUGAUAGCUUAAUGUACAGAUAGCUUGCUUGAUAGCCAUGGUCAAUAUUCACUUUUAAUUUGAUAGAUAAAUCAGCUUGGUUAAACUCCUUUUGUGUAGAAGAAAGUCAUAUGGUUUUAUAACUGAGGGUGAGAUUUUUCCAUUCCUUUAAGAGGUGGUGCUUUUUGAUUUAAUGUCAUGUGACCUCACUUUAACUACUCAUUGGUUUUUGGUUUGCUUUUAAAGGCUCUUGUUUUAAUAUGUUUGUGUUAUCGUCUGCUGUUGCUGAGAUUAUGGACCAGGUUACUAAAAGUUGGUCUCACAUUCAAGAUUACCUAUUUGAUUGGACAGAGCUUUUUAAGAUCUCUAGUUCAAUUCAUAUGCAUCCUUUGACUGUUUUUAAACAAAACUUCAUACCAUUAUGAUAAAAUCAAAAUAAUUCCAGACUAAAAUAUGGAUGGACAAUACAGAGGAAAGUUUACUUGAAAUAUUGCAGUACAGCUGUAUAACCUUAGGUAUUAUACUAUACUAUAUAGGAGUUAUUAUACUUUCAAAACUGUAUGUAAAGGUUUUUUUUUAAAUGAUUACUCUUCAUAUGUUUUAUCAUAUUCCUUUUUAUUACAGUUGACUAGACAUUAUUAAUUCAUCAUCAAAGUACUGUACUGUUUCUAAACAACAGGCAUACAUAUAAUAACUGCUGUGUUUUGUGUGUUUUUACCUUUUGUGUUACUUUUUGUGCAUAUUUAGCUUACAGAAUGAGUUCUUUAAAAACAGUAACUAAAUACGUAUAUUUAUAUG